AUGCUAGAUGCAGACGAACCCUUUAAACCAGACCAAGCCUAUGAAUAUUUUGUUAACAUGAAGAAGACCAAGAAAAAGACGGCUACAAGCCGAGUGAACCAAAUAAAGAAAGAUGUUUUGGAAUUGUGCGGAGACAAGAGGUUCCUCUGGGCAAGAAACGCGACUGUGGCCUUCGCUAGAGGUGUACAACAACGACUUUCUAGACCUGGACGAUAUACAUUAGCGGACGGGAUGUUAAGGCUCUCCAAUAUCAUUUUGGACGAGGUGUGUGGUUACAUGCACAUGAAGCCGCCGUCACGUCGCUGUGCACAUCCCAAAGCUAAAUUCAUGAUGGAAGUAGCUGAUAAGAUCGCCGUGUGGAUUGACGAAAUUUUAACUGAAUCAGACGAUCGAAUGCUGAUUAUGGACUACGAUGAAGACGACGAUGUUUUAAGAAGAGACAAGGGAGGUGAUUCUGAUUUCACGGAUGAUUUCCUUAAUAUGAUGGGUGGUGGUGGACUUUUGAAGGGGCGUGAAAUGCUUGAAGCAUUCAUGAUAUUAACUGAUUCAAUGAGUAAAAAAGGCAGUCAGAACCUGCUGUCGCAUGGAAAGUUCAGCCAAACAUACAGUGAAGCAGCCGAUGAGUAUAUACCAACACACAUUCUACUAAUCGAUUUGUUUUUAUCAUCUACAGAAAUGGUUAAUGUGUGUUCGAACUAUUUGGCCCAAUACGCCGAAUUUAACAAGGACAAAGGUCCAGCAUUUACUUUGCUUAUCAAAAUGAUGCGUUCAAACCAAAACGAACAGCUUUAUAAGAAAGAGAAAGCCCAAAGAACAUUAGGAACUGCUGCUGCAGAACUUGAGGCAGCUAAAGGACUAGAGAGUGACCACGAUGAUCCAAAUCUCUCUCAGGAAAUUUAUUCAACUCUUUCGCGAUUAGUAGAGAACGUAACACCGGAUGAUCUCAAAACUGAUAUGAAAGAAACUAUGGAUAUCUGCUCGAAAUACUUAUCACAAUGUGCCAUUGACGCAAUCGAACGCGGUCCCGCUUUUGAUUUAUUAAUAAAGGAACUUGAAAAACAUGGAUCGGAACAAUUUACGAAUCAAUUUCCCGUUCUGGCCAAGAAAUUCAUAGCCGCCUACUCGCUGAAAUCUGCGCCUGGCUUUACAAGCACUACCCCUGAUGUAGCCACAACACCCAUUUUUGUUGGAGCGUUGCAUAAGUCAGCUGAUGCCGCUACACCUAAAGCCCUCCACAAAGAUAUGCAAGACGUCAUAGAACGUUGCGCCGCAUACUUAUCGGCAUUUGCACGAGAUAGAGACAAAGCACUACAGGUUUUAUUAAAAAUGAUGAAAGACAAUCCGUCAAAAGAAUUGGCUAAAAGGAAUAACUACGCCAUGAAUUAUGCUGUCGGUGCGAACGAACUGGAAACAGCAUCCAACCUAGUGCCUUUCCUUCCUGUAAAGGAUAUCGCGGACGAAGAAAAAGCCAAUUUGACCAAAGAUGUCGAGAAUUUAACGCCUUCAGAACUGAAAAUAGCUAUGAAAAGCUUGGUUCAAGAUGCCGGAAGAUAUUUAUCUCAAUCUAUGGCUUUGAAAAGUGGUGCCGCGGGUGAGAGAUAUCCACUGAAUUUGUUGGCUGCGGUCAAAGACUCAUUAGGUGAUCGUCCUCUUUUCAAAUACAAAGCCUACGGUCAAACCUACAGUGAUGCUGCCGAAACCCUGAAAUAUGCGGGACCAUUGGAAUCUGAUCCUAAAUGUGAAGACUUAAAGAUACAAAUCGAAACGGAAAUGAAGAGGGGAGUGCCCGCUCAAGUGUCACCCAAUAUAGCGGCUGGAUUGAAUGAUACAAUGAACGAUGCCUCCAAACAUCUAGCAAAGAUUGGAGCAGAGAAAGGAAAAGCCUUGGAUUAUCUCGUGGGGCUUAUGAAAGAACGGGGAGAAAGCCCUUUGGGACAGAUGCAGGGAUAUCUCCAGACUUAUUCUGAUGGAGCUAAAAGGAUAGAAAAUGCGCCAAGUCUUACAAACGAAAAAGUUGACAAAGGGACCUAUGAAUCUGUUCGAGGAAAAUUAACGCAGCUUGUCACAGAAAAGCCUUCAGAAGAACAUAAGAAGCAUAUUACAGGUCUUGUAGAUGACUCCUCGAAGUUCCUCGCUGCGCCGUUGCCUGAAACGGAAUCUGAGAAACGUCGAGUAUUGGCAGAUUUAAUGGCACGAAAAGGUGAUCAGAUGCUUGCGCAGGAUGGUCUAUACAAAAUAACAUACACAGAAGGAGGAGAAGAGAUAAUGAAAGCGCCGGUUGGGGUUACCGCGUCUGACGAUGAAUCAAUGAAAGUAGCAAUGCAUAGCAAAGUUAUCAGUGUGAUACCGGAUAAAAAAAUGCAGGACUUAUUGAAAGAUCCCGCCAAUGAAGGAGCUGCGCACUUAGCGAAUAUUUUAAAAGGAAGAGGUGAAGCUAUGAAAGUUAUACACGAUGAAAUGAAAAUCGAAAAAGAUAAGGAAUUUUUGGCUGUGGGCAGUUUUAAGAAAAGUCACGAACAGGCAGCCGACAUGUUAAGUUCCGCAACACAUUUUGGUGGACAGCAUCCGUCCCCUGUUCUCCUGGAUAUGGUGAACGAUCGAAUUGAGAAACUUCCUAAAUCGAGUGCAUCUGAUAUAGCUAAAAAGUACAUGACAGAUACAUCAGACAUCGUUGCAUCUUAUAUUGCCGGUAGAGCUACUGAUGAAUGUGGCUUGGAUGCUAAAGCCUUGGCUGCAUUUGAUGCCAAGGGAUCGAGAAGCACGGAAGCGAUUAAAAACAAAACACAAUCUACAGCACAAGUUAAUGAUGCAGCCGCAACUAGUGACCGUAACUCCUCGAACCUGAAUAAAACACCAUCACGUGAUGCCACUAAUGCUAGCAGUAGAAUGGGAUCGGAGACAGAUGAAGAAAAGAGGAAGCGAGAAGAGAUCGAAGCUAAGAAACGAGCUGAACAGAGUACAGAUUUAGAUCGUGAACGGCAGCAGGCGUUGUCAAUACUUCAUACGCAGCUUAAAGCUCAAGGUGCUAACACGUUCUAUAAACAGCCGCAAACCGAGUUGACCCACCAACAAGCUUCAGCAUGGAUAGACAUGAAGCCUCCGAUGAAAGUAGACAAGACAGUUAAAGAGUCUGCCGAUACGGCACGACUCCAUAAGAAAUUUGAAAGGAAACUGUCCGUUCUAGUUAGUAAGGUCACACCUCCUAACAUGAACGACGCGAUGCAAGAUGUAGUAAUAGAAUCUGCACGAAUACUAUCUGAAUAUUUCGUAUCAAGCAAUUACAAAGCGCUCGUUCGAGAGGCACUAAUAUCGGAAAUGCAGAAACGUGGCAAUGAAAUUCUUAUUAAAAUGGACAGCGCUGCGGAGACUUUCUUCUUUGCUGCUCAAAGGUUAAAGAAGGCCAAAACGAUGACAAUUCAGGAACCACGUAACAAAGUGUCGUAUUAUUUGACAAAGAAAUUGGAGGAAAUUAUUCGUUGUCGUUCUAUGGCAAGAAAAUUAACAUCCACUAUGAAAGAGCAUAUCAAGGAUGCCUCGGAUUAUUUGUCAGAGUCAGUAACCACGCCUGAUGAAUAUAUCGCAGCAUAUGUGGCAUUAUUAUGUGAAAUGGAAACUGCAGGAGAAGCACUCCUCGUAGAGGGAAACAUACCUAAAUCAUAUAAGGACGCAUCUGCUUACCUUCGAAAAUUGACAACAUUUGAGGAUCAGAUUCAGCGACCAAAUCCAUCCUUGCAUUCGUCAAUCGAAAAUAAACUUAAAGUUAUUAUGGCAAACGUCGUCAGUCGAACUUACACUACAACAGUUUUGCACGUUUUUACAGGAGUUAUUAGUGAAUCUGCUAGUUUACUGGUCUCAUACAUUAUGCUACAAGGUGAAAAAACGGAAGCUUUAAAAAUAUUGAUUGAUAAUAUGGAUCGGAUUGGAAAUGGAGUGCUAUUGUGUCAUGGUAACAUACGAAAAACAUAUACCGAUGGAGCUGACAAACUACGGGGAAAGAACACAGAUCAACUCGCCGUGCAAAGUGCAGAUCCGGUCGUUUCGAGGAAAAUACAAAUCAAGCUGAAUAAUUUGAUGAUUGAUAAUGUUCCGGAGAAAUAUAAAACGUUGAUAGACGAUGUAAUUGAAGACGCAACUUUGUUCCUGGCUGUACACCUACUGCAACCACAAAUAAUUCAAGUGUGCAAGUGCAUGAAAAACGUAUUUGUUCAAUGCGAACUAUGGUGUGACGAGAUUUUACGGCGCGUGGCGCAACCCUGUUGCACUUGUUCGCGUUAUGUAUCAUUACAAGCCUUAGAAGACGUUGUACCGGCAGAAAGAUUGCGCGCCGAGCCGGGAUCUUCUAAGGUUCAGGCUCCGGGCAUUGAAAUAUCUAUAACAGACUGUCCAUCUAAACAAACUAGAGUUCAAAAACAUGCCGCGCAGCCCUGUCCAGCGCCAAAACCAACCGAGGGGUGUCGACAACAAACGAACGCUUACCACUUAUACUCUGCGACGGUACAACAUAAUCGUUUUAAUCCCAGCAAAUUACGGCCACGAUUCCAGGAUCCAAUUUCCCCGGACGCUGUCACAGAUAUACCAUCGUCACCGCCCAGAAUAUCGCGAUCUUUUUCACCUACACCGCUUAGUCCCGCGAGUUCACCCCGCGUACGAUUAUUACAUAAACGUGAACAAAGCUCGGACAAAAGUCUAAUAGAGCAUGCAAAUACUUCGGAAAGCUCUUCACCCGAUUCUUUUUAUACACCUCCGAGUACUAAUGUAUCCAAAACGUCUGACGAGAGGACUGCUUCUUCUAACGCGCCAUUAAAGAGCGACGAUGUCAAAAUUAACCAAAUCAAAACGUUUUCCGCACCUUUUUCGACGACUUCUAGAAAUAUUGAUAAUGCUAAUGCCGAGGACAAUUCACGAGCGCCAAUAAUAUCUACUGAUCAAAUGACAGAUUGGCACGCAAUGAUGGUGAGCCUUAUGUGGAACGUACAAGCUUGGCGGGACUGGAUACAAGAAAUCAUUGACAGAGCGUUAAGCUAUCGUCCUAAAUCUGCUGAUGCCGAUGAAAAUUGGACCACGUUACAAAGGAGGAUAGAGUCUGAGUCACUACAAUGGCGUCAGUACAAUGCUUUUAGUCGUCAGCUAACUUUACGACUUGCUUUACGUUAUAGAGAUAAAACAAUUGUUUCUCCGACGAGGGCAACCGUUAAAACCGAAGCUUAUUUGGGAUACCAACGGGAAAUGUUGGAAAUCAUUGAUAUGUUUAACAGAUGGACGCAGUGGCUGACUCUACUCGUGAAAGAAACUCAUAACCUAAAGGAGAUUCCUGGCAGCAGUGUUCCUUUGCACGAAAUUCGUUGGAGUUAUUUAAGAGAGAAAAUACGGAAACACUCUGAAGACUGGACGAAAUACAAUCUUCAUUUGAAAGAAUGUUGGCAACACAAAUAUAAGUCACUGAUAGCAGGUCAAUAA